AUGGGAGAAGCACCAGCUUUCUUUGUUGAUCAUCUGGAGAAUGGAGGACACACCAAUGGCUUUGGUCUCAAAUCCGAACCUAGAGACAAAGAUACAUCUGUCCAAAUUGGGGAUCGAUCCUAUUUGAUUGGUGGGAAUCAUGAAGGGAACCCAUUGUUCCUUGGAGUUCAGAUUCAUGACAAAACCACCAACAAGUGGUGUGUGUCUAUUCCUACUGUUCUUGGAACAGGUCCUAAGCCCUGCAAGGGUUACUCUGCCAUUGUUCUUAAACAAGGGAGGAUCUUGGUUAUCAAAAAAGGCUCAGCCUCUGAUGACUCUAUCUGGUUCCUUGAGGUGGACAGUCCUUUUGUCCGAGAACAAAGGAAACUCUUAGGGAAAGAGGUUGUUGCUUGGAGCAAAGGAGUGAGAGGAAACGCAGAGAAGCCUAUUGUCAUAAGCGGUCCUUCUGGUGUAGGCAAAGGAACGCUAAUAACAAUGCUUAUGAAAGAAUUUCCUUCAAUGUUUGGGUUCUCUGUGAGCCACACAACUAGAUCUCCCAGGUGUAUGGAGAAGAACGGUGUUCAUUACCAUUUCACUGAUAAAACUGUGAUGGAGAAAGAGAUUAAUGAUGGGAAGUUUCUUGAGUUUGCUUCUGUUCAUGGUAAUCUGUAUGGAACUAGCAUUGAGUCUGUUGAGGUUGUAACAGACUCAGGAAAGAGAUGUAUUCUUGACAUUGAUGUUCAAGGAGCAAGGUCUGUGAAGGCGAGCUCUCUUGAUGCGGUAUUUAUAUUUGUAUGUCCUCCUUCAAUGAAGGAGCUUGAAGAUCGUCUCCGUGCUAGAGGCACUGAGACAGAGGAGCAGAUUCAAAAGCGGCUUAGAAACGCUGAAGCUGAGAUCAAAGCUGGGAAAUCCUCAGGGAUAUUUGAACAUAUCUUGUAUAAUGACAACCUUGAGGAAUGCUACAAGAACCUUAAGAAUCUCUUGGGGAUAAACGAUGACGCUCCUGUGAACGGUGUAGAAGUAGAAGGGAUCAAUCUUCCCAAGGAGCACACAGUGACAAAGAUUGAAGAUAAGAUAAUGAUUCAAGAAACAGGAGAAGCAACCAAGAACGACUUGAUCGUGUUGGAUUUAGCUUCAAUUAACGGAGGAGCACCGGGAAGAACAAGAGGGAUCGUUCUGGACUCGGUUAAGUCCAGUUAACAAAGAGUGUCUCUCUAUCCAUUGCUCGUUGUUUUUUUUUUUAAUUUGUUUGGCUUUUUUCGCGGUUGGAAGGUAGUGUUAUGCGUUCACUAGAUAGGCACUGAUGAUGAUGAUGAUUAUUGUGAUGAUACCAAAAAAAGACAUGAUCUGUUUUGAUGAAAUAAUAUGUUCUUUGUUUCUUUCUUUUUUACUGAUUUAAAGAUUUUUGUAAAAUCUUGAAAGAAUCUACUCUUUUGGCUUUAUUUAGGACAUGAAAAGUAACAAAAAAGUUGAAAUCAGUGUAAUAGUUAUUCUUGAGAUUCCGCAACUCGAAUAGGACAGACAGAAAAUUAUUUUUUGAUCUUACACAACAGUGUUUUAGUACAGUUAGUGUCAGUUUACAGUUGAAAAACCAGCCAAUCAAGUAGAAGAAAGCAUCUCAAUAAGAGGAAGAAGACAAAAGUU